GCUUAUGGCUCUAUCUGUAACAGCACAGUAAGUCGGACUCAGGGUCAGACUGUUGGCAGAGCUGCUAGAGAGGACUUAUCACAAGAAAGAGGACCAAGAGCGUAAAAAAUGCAUAUAGUGAUUAGGAAAUUCCAGCCCUCAGACCGUGAGGCUGUGACAGCUAUAUUUCGAGAUGGACUCCAGGAGCACAUCAUCCCGUCCUUCACUCAUGCCAUUUCUCAGCCACUCCACAUCACUGUGACCCUGUGCUUUUUCACUGUGGGCUAUAUACUAGGUGGAGGAUCAGUUGUCCUGGCCCUGCUGGCUGGAGGUUUCUGGAUAGGUCUGCUGUACUACUGCUGCUAUGAGCUCUAUGCAGGUUUUGUCAGAUUAAAGCUGAACACAGACAUGCGGGACAUUGCAGGCUUCUACCUCAGCAGUCCAGAUAACUACUUCUGGGUCGCUGAGGCUGAGAUCAAUGGGCAACCACUGAUCAUGGGUAUAGUGGCUGUGGAGGGCAAAGAACUUCCAGACAGCCGGCAAAAGUAUGGAGAACUUUUCCGAAUGAAUGUGUUGUCCACAUCUCGCCGCACUGGCCUCGGCUCACGACUUUGUAAAACAGUCAUAGACUUUUGUAAAGAGCGAGGGUUCGUGAAGAUUGUGCUUGAGACUACUUCUACACAGACAGCAGCUGUGGCUUUCUACAGUAAGAUGGGCUUCACGCUUGUGCGGACUGAUCAGCAAGCUGAAGCUCCUUGGUGGGGCCUCCGGCUGGCCAGAAAUACUAUGCUUAGGACGGAGAAAAUCCUACAGCCAUGACCUUCUAUUUAAGGUUAAUAACACCGUAUUUAAACCUCUGUGGUGUCAGCAAUUAUAUAUCACGUCUGAAGUAUGAUUUUUCUGGUUCUGGUUUCUAAUCAAAACAAACAAACAAACAAACUGAUGAAGCAAAAUGUUUUGGUGUACAAAGUAAUUAACACAUGUUAGAGGAAUAUCCUAUUAUGUAAAUGAACAUAUUAAUGCAUUUUAAGGAAUUUUCAA